UCCUCUUCUGAUUCACCCCAGAUGAGCUUUACUCAGUCUGAUAACCCUCUCGAGGUCGAAGGUUCGUGUAGACUAAGCAGGCGGGAAGGAGAGGAGGAUCAUUCAGAGACCGCACACGCGCAUUCUUCUGCUGUGUGGAAAUGAGUAACGCGAAGAUGGGCUUCUCUGUGCGGGACAUUCUGAAUCUGAGGGAUGUGGAUGAUGAGGAGGAGGACACUGAAGAUGAAGAUCCACCCGCAGCUUCUCAGAGCCCAUCAGGAGCUGAGACGCAGUCCUCCGCGAGGAAUUCACUUUGGGAGGGAACUCCGGCUGCUUAUCAAUAUCCAUCAGCCGGGGGCUCUUCAGACCAAGCGGACACUGAAGAAGGGUCGCGCAGACCUGAGAGCAGAGCACCCUCAGACGAGCCCGACAGGAAGAGAAGGAUGAGGAAGAGGAGAGUGCUGUUCUCCAGAGCGCAGACCUGUGAGCUGGAGCGCCGCUUCAGGCAGCAGAGGUACCUGUCCGGACCUGAGAGAGAGCAUCUGGCCCGCAGCCUGCACCUCACGCCCACCCAGGUGAAGAUCUGGUUCCAGAACCACAGGUACAAGAUGAAGAGGGCAGAGCGGGGCCGGGACCUGGCCGUAUCCACACUGCUGAGGGACCACAGGCCCUGCCGCAGCACUAAACCUCAGGACCUCAGUGCCCCCUUUCACACGGGACUACAGUUUCCAUUCGGAGUUCAACACUUCCACCCCAUCCACUUCAGCACCAGCCUGGUUCACGUGCAGCCAUGGUCCUGGUGA